GCCCUGGCUCCUGCCUGCCUUUCCCCUCACUGGACUGUUAGAAAGUGGACACUGUGUGCAGCCCCGGCCAAGGCUGAGGGUGGGCCUGGCUCCUUCUCCCACUUUGUUGGGCUCUCCUGCAUCAGGCAGGCCGAGGCUCUCUCCUACCCCAACCCUGCCCCGGAGCUUGAGAAGCUCAGGUGGCCCAGAGCAAAUCUCUGCUGCUCUGCCUUUAUCUUCCCCAGCCGGCCCCAUCUCUGGUAGACUUUUCUGGAAUGGAAGGGCUCUGGCUGCCCCAGGACCCACCCCGGGGACUCAGUAGUCUGUGUAGUCUCAGGACAAGCCCUGCCCCACUCACCUCAUUGAAACCCCACCCUAUUUUCUUUGAAGGAACAUUACUAAGUCUCAAGGGCUAGUAUCCCUGAGGAGCCGGUCCUGGCUGAAAUGUGCUGCCGCCGCCCCCUCACCCCCAGCUGCCACAUCUAACACCCUCGAUGCUUGUGUGUGUGGGUGGACAGAAAUGGUGUGAGGGUCCAAGGAGAGCCCAGGGCCCUUGCCCACUUCCCAUGCCUGUAUCUAAUAUAUAAAUAUAGAGAUAUGUAUACAGAUGACACUGGCUCUGUCUGUGUAUGCCGAUUCCGACCCUAACAUUGGCUUAAGGACUGACCUCUGUAGUCCAGCUGCUUCCCAGCUGUGGCCUCACGUAAUCCUGGUGAUCUUUAGCUCUAGCUGGACAGCGUUGAGGAUGGGGUAUAAGGAGCUGUAGCUCCUGGAAGGAAUGGGGUCAGUUUUCCCCCCUAGGCACUGUGCCCUUCUUUGAUUACUUGUUUGGCUGAGUGGGUGAUUCAGGAGUGACUCAAGGGCACCCAGCACCCCCCCUCAGAUUCCUUGGAAAUGGCAUGGGGUGAUGUGCUGUGUACCCUGGCCACGGCACCCAUGGGAAGGGGAAAGAUCCAGUCGGGAGGGAUAUUUUAUUCUCCCUGCCCCAACAUACACACUAGUGUGGGGGGUGCUGGGUCUCUGAAAUGUUAGGGAAUAGGAAGGUCAGGGCUGCCUGCCUUGAUUCCUGCCUCUGCCCCCUCUGAGCCCUGCAGCCUGGCCACAGGCCAGCAGCAUAGUAGCAGGCUCAGCAAGUCCCAGGGGCGUGGUACCAGCCAGUGGUGGAGCCAGCCUACACCAGCCAGGCCGGCAGCAGCAAGACUGCACAGUCCACUGGCACACUGGGCUUGUGGCACAGGACCCAGGAUAGGGAGUGCGGACAUGAGCACCCUGCUCUACUAUGCCCUGCCUGCCCUGGGCAGCUAUGUCAUACUCUCCAUCUUCUUCCUGCGCCGGCCUCGCCUGCUGCAUACACCUUGGACUCCAGUCUUCCGUCCUCGCCUGGCAGCCCACCGGGGAGGGUCUGGAGAGCGACUGGAGAACACCAUGGAGGCCAUAAUGAACUCCAUGGCUCAGGGAGCUGAGCUCUUGGAACUAGACUGCCAGCUGACCCGGGAUGGCGUGGUAGUGGUGUCACAUGACAAGAACCUGUCCCGCCAGUCAGGUCUGAAUAAGGACGUGAGCAGCCUGGACUUUGAGGAGCUGCCCUUAUACAAGGAAGAGCUGGAGGUUUACUUCUCACCAGGCCACUUUGCCCACGGGUCAGACCGGCACAUGGUGCGCCUGGAGGACCUGUUCCAGAGGUUCCCACAGAUGCCCAUGAGUGUGGAGGUCAAGUCAAACAAUGAGGAACUCAUUCACAAGAUAGCAGACCUGGUAAGGCACUUUGAUCGCAGUGAGAUCACCAUCUGGGCCUCAGAGAAGAGCUCAGUCAUGAAGAAGUGCAAGGCCGCUAACCCAGAGAUGCCACUGUCCUUCACAAUAUCCCGGUCAUUGUGGGUGCUGCUGCUGUAUUACCUGGGGCUGCUGCCCUUCAUCCGCAUCCCUGAGAAGUUCUUCUUGUGCUUCCUGCCCACCAUCAUCAACAGGACCUACUUUCCAUUUUCCUGCUCUGGUCUGAACCGGCUGGCAGCUGUGGUUACAAAAUGGGCCAUCAUGAGGAAAAGUCUGAUCCAACAUUUGGAGGAGCGAGGGGUGCAGGUAAUAUUUUGGUGCCUUAAUGAAGAGUCAGAUUUUGAAGUGGCCUUCAACCUGGGAGCUACUGGUGUCAUGACUGAUUAUCCGACAGCCCUGAGGCACUACCUGGAUACCCAUGAACUAAUGACCCAGCCCUCUUAAGUCUGAGACCUUCUCUGUUUUUCUUCCACAAAAAUAAAUAUUUUCUUUUCAGUCA